GAUGGCCCAUUAACAGAUAAUAAUUGCCACAGAGAUAAGGAAAUCACUGCCCCACCCUUCAGCAGAUGUGAUAGAAUUCACAUUCCUGGCCACAUCCUGUAUUGCAACCCUUCUCCUUCCAACAGCUGCUGCUGGAUUUUAGAUGGAUGAGAGGUGGGAAUUCCCUUCUCUUCCUGGCACUGAUGGAGUUUCUCUUGCAGGUGAAAAAUGCAACCAACCAGAUCGUGAUGAACUGCGCCGACAUCGACAUCAUCACGGCGUCCUACGCGCCGGAGGGAGACGAAGGUGAGAGCCCUGCUGGGUUCAUUUCUGCUCUGGGAAUUUUCCAGGCUACUGAUGCUCGCAGAGCUUUCCCUUGCUGGGAUGAGCCUGCAAUUAAAGCAACUUUUGAUAUUUCUUUGGUGGUUCCCAAAGACAGAGUAGCUUUGUCAAAUAUGGUAAGUUUUAAGCCGUACCCCGACGACGAGAGCCUGGUGGAGGUGAAGUUCGCGCGCUCGCCCGUCAUGUCCACGUACCUGGUGGCCUUCGUGGUGGGCGAGUACGACUUCGUGGAGGCGCGCUCGCAGGACGGCGUGCUGGUGCGCGUCUACACGCCCGUGGGCAAGGCCGAGCAGGGCAGGUUCGCCCUCGAGGUUGCUGCUAAAACUCUGCCUUUUUAUAAGGACUACUUCAAUGUUCCUUACCCUCUUCCUAAAAUUGAUCUCAUAGCUAUUGCAGACUUUGCUGCUGGUGCCAUGGAGAACUGGGGCCUUGUUACUUAUAGGGAGACUGCUUUGCUCAUCGACCCCAAAAAUUCCUGCUCCUCGUCUCGCCAGUGGGUGGCGCUGGUGGUGGGGCACGAGCUGGCACACCAGUGGUUCGGGAACCUCGUCACCAUGGAGUGGUGGACGCACCUGUGGCUGAACGAGGGCUUUGCCUCGUGGAUCGAGUACCUGUGCGUGGAUCACUGCUUCCCUGAGUACGACAUCUGGACCCAGUUCGUGUCUGCUGACUACACCCGGGCCCAGGAGCUCGAUGCCUUAGACAACAGCCACCCCAUCGAGGUCAGUGUGGGCCAUCCCUCCGAGGUGGACGAAAUCUUUGAUGCCAUUUCCUACAGCAAGGGAGCCUCUGUCAUCCGGAUGCUGCACGACUACAUUGGGGAUGAGGAUUUUCGGAAAGGAAUGAACCUGUACCUGACCAAGUUCCAGCAGAGAAAUGCUGCCACAGAGGAUCUCUGGGAAAGCCUGGAAAAAGCCAGUGGCAAACCCAUUGCUGCUGUGAUGAACACGUGGACCAAACAAAUGGGAUUUCCACUCAUUUACGUGGAGGCUGAGCAGCAAGAAGAUGACAGAGUCUUGAAGUUGGUCCAGAAGAAAUUCUGUGCCAGUGGGCCCUACACAGGAGAGGAUUUCCCCAUGUGGAUGGUGCCCAUCAGUAUUUGCACGAGUGAGGAUCCCAGCUGUGCCAAAAUGCAGAUUUUGAUGGACAAACCCGAGCUCACCGUGGUGUUGAAGGACACCAAACCAGAGCAGUGGGUCAAGCUGAACCUGGGCACGGUGGGGUUUUACCGCACCCAGUACAGCCCGGCCAUGCUCGAGAGCCUCAUCCCGGCCAUCAAGGACCUGUCCCUGCCCCCCGUGGACAGGUUGGGGCUGCAGAACGACCUCUUCUCCCUGGCCCGAGCUGGAAUCAUCAGCACGGUGGAAGUGCUGAAAGUGAUGGAAGCUUUUGUGAACGAGCCAAACUACACGGUAUGGAGCGACCUGAGCUGCAACCUGGGCAUCCUGGGCACCCUCCUGUCCCACACAGAUUUCUAUGAGGACAUCCAGGCCUUCGUCAGAGACGUCUUCUCCCCCAUUGGGGAGAGGCUGGGCUGGGACCCCAAACCUGGAGAGGGCCACCUAGAUGCCCUCCUGAGGGGUCUGGUUUUGGGCAAGCUGGGCAAGGCCGGGCACAAGGCGACGCUGGAGGAGGCGCGGCGCCGCUUCAAGGAGCACGUGGAGGGGAAGCAGCUCCUGUCUGCUGACCUGAGGAGCCCUGUCUAUGUGACUGUGCUGAAGCACGGGGACAGCUCCACUCUGGACACCAUGCUCAAGCUGCACAAGCAGGCUGACAUGCAGGAGGAGAAGAACCGCAUCGAGCGCGUCCUCGGCGCCAUCGCCCAGCCCGAGCUGAUCCAAAAAGUUCUCACCUUUGCACUUUCAGAAGAGGUACGUCCCCAGGACACGGUGUCAGUGAUUGGAGGAGUGGCUGGAGGCAGCAAACAGGGCAGGAAAGCUGCUUGGAAAUUCGUCAGGGACAACUGGGAGGAGCUUUAUAAUCGAUACCAAGGUGGAUUUUUAAUAUCCAGAUUAAUUAAGCUCACAGUGGAUGGAUUUGCAAAUGAUAAAAUGGCUGCAGAAGUGAAGGCGUUUUUCGAGAGCCACCCGGCGCCGUCGGCGGAGCGCACGGUGCAGCAGUGCUGCGAGAACAUCCUGCUCAACGCGGCCUGGCUGCGGCGCGACUCGGACAGCAUCGAGCACUUCCUGCAGCAGCGCCUGCUGGCAAACCCUGGGAACAGCCAGGUGGCUCGAGUGGCAGCGGGGCUGCAGAUCAAGAACUCGCUGACCUCCAAGGACCCCGACAUCAAGGCGCAGUACCAGCAGCGAUGGCUCGCCAUCGACGCCAACGCCCGCAGGGAGGUCAAGAACUUCAGAGGUUUUGGGCAUUGGAACAGCUCCCCAUUUAAAAUGUCCUGA